CAUCGCGGUGUGUCAUGCAGACUUGACCUAGCUAGCCCAACAUACCAGCAAGUUAGCAAGCCGAAGCACUGAAAUCACGUUUCAUACCUAAAUCAGGAUAAACCCUAUGCCGGCGACAUGAGUAGUAUGCGAACCAUCCUAACCAGCACAGCGCUUGUUGGUGCUGUCGGUAUCGGAUAUGGAAUGUGGUCCAUUAUUUCACCAUCGGAAGAGAGGAAAAGGGAAAUACUGAAGAAUCUCCCUGAAUCCAACCCGUUACGCAUGGAUGAAACUCGCAGACGGAACGCCAUGAUGAUGCAGGUGUUGAAGGAAGCUUCGGAGACCACUGAUAAUAUUGCGCGUGGAUUUGGAGGUUCCAGUAAAUGAACUUGAAACAAACCCGAAGAACUUAAACCUACUCUCACGAGCAAGACAACCUUGGUCAUGCAAAUGGAACAUGAGGCGAUAGGCUACAGAUAAUUCACAUGUUAAAAUGUUUUUUCACUAUUCACUUUUCAGACACCCAGGCCUUGUGUAGUGAAAGGAUUCAUAAUAAUUUAUUGCUGCCCUCCUAGAGUGGAGUAAACACUGUAAUCGUGUCGUGAAAUGAGUAGUUGCCUACAUUCAUGUUAUCUUAUUUGUAAUAAACUGUUCAUCAGUGUGGAA